AUGACAAUUUUUGUUUGUUCACAGAUAAGGGGACGUGGAAGGGUUAAGAAGCCCAGAGGACCGGUUCAACUUCCUGCUAGUGCAAGUCAAGAGGACGCGAAUACAGAUGACGGACAAGAGCAUGAGCCGCAUUUACCACGGGUACCGACGGGACUUGGGGAUACGGAACUUCAAAUAUGGGUACCACUUGCAUUCGGUGUACAGCCAUCUCAUAAAGAUCAAUCAUAUACACUAGUUCCACCAUGUACCGAUGCACAGCUUCCCCGUCCCCUUCCACCUCCUCACCGUCACAGUUUACAUCCUCACCACCCUACUGCAGCUUCACGACCAGCGGUAUCAUAUGUACAUUCACCUCAACCUGCAUCCCCUUGUGGUACUGCAUCAGCUAGAGGGACAGGAUCUGCAUCAGCAUCUACUCCAUCAUCUACUCCUGCAUCUGCUCCAGCAUCAGCUGCAUCGACCACUGCUGUAGGAGGAACACAGUCAUUCCGACAGACUAUUUCACUCAUUAACAACAAUUUACAUCCGUCGGAGAUGUGCAGCCGCAGGAUAACUCUGAUAGUGAAAGAAAGAUUGGUCAAGGAAGGCCACUGUUGGAAGACUAAAUACUUCAAAUGGGACCAAGCAAUUGACAGCUUGGUAAAAAUUGCAUGGCAGAAAAAGGCCGCUGAGCGAUACAGGGGCUUAAUGUGGGAAAUCAGGAAAGGGAAGACGAAGAAUCUUGCUACCCCUGAUUCUGUUUUGAGGAAGUGGCAGGAAACUUGGAACACUUCUGAAUACAAAGAGAAGUGUGACAAGUUUUCUGCCAAUAGGCGCAGUGAGGCUGAAGGGUCAGGAUCUGGCAUUUCCAGGCACGCAUGCGAGGGAAAGACUAGACAGAGGGAAAGACUAGACAGAGAACCACAUCCUCAUGAGCUUUUUGAGGCCACACAUAAGAGAAAGGGGACGGAGGAGUUUGUUGAUGCGAGGUCAAAAGCUGUUUAUGAUAAAUACGUACAACUGAAGGAGGCUGCAAUACAUCAACAGGAGGGAAGCAAUGAGCCGACACCCAUAAAUGAGGCCCAACUGUACUACGAAGCGGUUGGCGGACAGAAAAAGAGUCGAGUUUAUGGGUUAGGGUCCCAGGCUUCAGCAUAUUUUCAUGAGCCAUCUCAUUGUUCUGCAUCAUACACGUCUGCACCCCCAAUGGAUCCUCCUACAAUUGAAACAAUGAACAUGAUGCAGAAUAAAAUUGAUCGGCUAGAGACAGAGAAUAGUGGAAUUACCACAACAUCUGCUCCUACGGCACCUCCAGCUCCGUCUCCACAGCAGCGGCGUGAUGAUGCCCAUGUCAUUGGUGAUCAUCAUACAGAUAGUGAUGAUGAUAUAGAUGAUGAGCUAGCUAGUUUAGUUUAG